AUGUGCAAGGAACAAGUUGACGUUUUAGAAAUAUUCUGGAGCCAUCGUCCAUCGUUCGUCCAACUCCGCCAUUCCUCCAACUCAACAAUGUAUGCUGCAGAUGGCGCUGGUUUGGACGAUUCCCUCUUUGACGAAAUCUUGAACCCAUCCCAACUAUUCGACGACGUCGAGGAUGAUCUAUUACUCGUCACAACCGAUAAUUCAACUUCAACGAAUCAAUUGAUAAAAUUAACUUCUACCACCACUCUCCCCUCCACCACGCUCCCCGCCACCACGCUCCCCGCCACCACGCUCCCCGCCACCACGCUCCCCGCCACCACCGCAAGCAAGAAACGUGUUCUUGCCAAGACAAGACCCGCAUUUGUCAAUAAGCUCUGGAACAUGCUCAAAGAACCAAUCAACCAAGAUAUGAUCCGAUGGAACGACGAUGGCAAAAGCUUUCUUGUUGUUAAUAGAGAAAAAUUCGUCCAUCAUGUGUUACCCAAUUAUUUCAAACAUAGCAAUUUUGCAUCCUUUGUCAGACAAUUGAAUAUGUAUGGCUGGCAUAAAGUUCAAGACAUCCGUAGUGGCUCAAUGAACAUGGCAAAUACCAACGAUGAAAAAUGGCAAUUUGAAAAUCAAAAUUUCAUCAGAGGUAGAGAAGAUUUAUUGGAAAAUAUCAUUAGACAAAAGUCUUCCUCAAGCGCGACCGCAACCGCAAAUGCAACCGCAAAUGCAACCGCAAAUGCAACCGCAAAUGCAACCGCAACCGCAACCGCAACCGCAACCGCAACCGCAACCCAUGAUUCCAUACCCCAAUACAAUGAAGAUUCCCAAUGUCGUAUAUCCAACCUUCUACACGAUUUGAAAAAACUAAGAUAUAACCACGUCACGAUUUCCAACGAUCUUUUAAGAAUUCGCAAAGAUAACGAAUUGUUAUGGAAAGAAAACAUAAUGGCAAGAGAAAGACACAGGUCACAACAACAUGAUAUCGAGAAAGUCUUGGAGUUUUUAACUUCAAUGAAAUCCCAACCCAACAUCAAAUUGCUAUUAGACGCUUCUUGCUCCACGCCCCCUGCUACAAAUAUCCUUGAAGAUGGAUCGGCCAUAAUAAUCAAUACUCCAACACAAAUAAUCAAUACUCCAACACAAAUCUUCAACGAUCUUUACCCAUGUUUGCCAUCAUCACAUUACACAAAUGCCAAUUUGAACACGGUCGUUCCUAAUAACAAGACACCUCCCGAGAUUAUGAAUGAUUUUGAUAAUCUAGAAUGUAUUUUUAGUCCCUCGGAAUUGCCAAGAGAUUUAAACACUCCUUCUGAUUCAAACGAUAAUAUCAAAAGGUCAAGAUGCCUGUGA